GAAAAUCUGCACCCAAAAAUCUGCAUCGGCCAGGGUUUCCUUUUUGGGUUCUGAUUCCAGGGUAGCCUUAGUGUCGGAUUCUUCAUCGGUCAAGGGAAGGAAAUCUGUAUCCAAAAAUCGCAGAAGCCUUCCAAAAAACCGCUGAUUCUUCGUGGUACAUCUUCGCCUAAGGAAAGGAAAUAUGCAUCCACAAUGAAGGAAAGUCAAAAUGUGCUGAUUCUUCGCGGAUUAUUAGCGUCAAAUCCAAAAUCUACAACGUCAAAAUUCGCUUAUUCUUCAGCGUCAAUUCGUUAAUCAGGGUUUUGCCUCAUAAUCAUGAAGAAGCAAAUUUACAAAAUUUGAGAUCCUUCCACUAACAUUAUAAGUUAUUAUAGACUGAUGGAUUACUACAACAACCAAAAGAUAUCUUAUUAUAUACAACAGCAGCAGAGAAAAUAUCUCGCCCAGAUGUUGUAGCAACCAUCCAUGCACAAUCUCCCACGCACGAUCUCUAGACACUACAAUCUUGCCACCAAUUAUCUCUAUCUGUUUUUGUAAAAUCGGAGACCCACGUUCUCAGCCGUGCGACACAACCUUCUUUAGAUGUUUUUUGUGAGCUGAGCCCAGGGCAGAUCCAUAGCGCCGGGAAGGAAAAGAUAGUGAUAAAGGGUUGUAACAAUGCAGAGAGGAUGGAUGGCAGCACCAGGCUAGGAUUUCGACCCUUAAAUUUAGAGGAUUACGGACUAUUGAGAACUACCCUUAAAUUCAACACGCGGGCCAGGAAGACAGUAUGCUUACGAUCUCUGGCCAAAGAAAAAGACACCAACGAGCUCUAAUGAAGAAGACUCUUAUAUCAUCUAAAAGAUGGAGAUGACAAUGACCUCAAAGAUUGUUCUUGCUACCUUCGGUGAGUUUUCAUUUACUUUUUUUCUAACCUUAAUCCAUAAUGCUUUGUAAUUCUAAGAUGGGGCAUCUUAAUUCGAGGUUGUAAGCAAUUUUCUAGGACACCGAUGUCUCUCCCCCCACCCUCUUGCAGAUGGGUGGAUUCUCCGGUUUAACACUAGGUCCAGAUGAAGAGGAUGGUGGCUAUGCCUUCUAAGUAGUGAUUCUACAAAACAUACAAUUUGGUAGCAUAUAGUCAGAGAGGUAUACAAUUCCAAUUUGGUAGCAUAUAGUCAGAGAGGUAUACAAUUCCAAUUUUGUGAGUCAUUCAUACCCUCUUCAAACAGAGGUACUUUGCUUUUCUGUUACACACUACCAUGUUACCGAGUAUAAUUUAAUGAGUACUUUAAAAAAUAAGAGACAGUAGUACACAAUGUUGUGAGUGGAUAACAAACAAAAGUAACUCAUCUUCAUGUAAUUUUCAGAAUUCAAAGAGAAUUGUUAGUAAGCGGAGAUUCUUGAUUUGUGGCAUAUUUAUAAGGAUGUUUAUCCUCUUGAAGAUGAAAGUGUUCUUUGCAUGCAAAGACACAACCUGCAUAUGGAGCUGUUUGGGCUUGAUGAUGAUAGAAUUUCUAAGGCAUUCAAUCAUCCAAACAUUAUACAUCACCCUCGAUGAUGUCCUAUUUUACUCCUGUAGAAGCCUUAGACUUCCAUUUUUUAUUUUAUUUUUUUAAAUGCUUUGCAAAAACUCAUCUGCCAUCAAGAUAUUCAUAUCGGCGGAAACCAAGUGCGGCAGCCUGCCCUCGUCAUCCCGGCGGCAGUCAAGGCCGACAGAGAGACUCGUCUUCACCAAGAGCAGCGACGCCAUGGAUUUGGAUCAGCUCCAGUCCACUAUGAGGACUUUUGAGCUCGCAUGUACUUCGGUUCAGGUUUAUGGUGAUCCAGCAGCCGAGGCUAUCAUUUCAUCCCUGAGUCAGUCUAUUCGGCCAUACCGGGUAUGCCAAUUUAUUCUUGAACAUUCUCAGGUGGCAAUGGCACAGUUUCAAGCUGCCGGAGCUCUCAGAGAUGCAGCAAUACGAGAAUGGGUAUUUCUUGAGGAUGAUGAUAAGAGGCAUUUGAUAAGGCCAUUUUGUGAGACUCAUAUUGUAAUUCCAUUUUCCAUUUAGUAAUACACUUGUUGUGUUUGCUAUUUAAAUUCCUAAAUCUAUAUCUUAAGAGUGGUUAUCUUAAGUGUGAGUUUUAGGUUCUAGAUAUUUAAUUAAGUGUGUUAUAUCUUAAUUAAGUUCUAGACUUAACCCCAAGUUAAGAUAAGAGUGUGUAAUAUCUCUUAAACACCAACUUGGUUUAUCCCCUAAAAAGAAAACACCAAAAGAAACUCCUGACUUUUUU